UUUCAGGUACUAUUCAGUUACGAAAGUUUUAAUGGGUUUCGCUGCUUCCUGUAGUCUCGUCCUUAUUUAUUUUGUUGGAUAUGAUACCGUGGAGCCCAUUUUGAAACAACAUCUACCAGAAAAUAGGUUUUAUUUGAUGUCUCUUGUGUUUAGAAUCUUAGUGUUGACACUUUCAGGUAAAAUAUAAUUCCAUUGUUUGCUUCAGCUUUCAGCUAUAGAAUCUGUAGCAAAGGUGAAAAAGAAGGCAGAUCUCUAUACAUACAAACUGAAGCUGCAUGUAUUCCGACAAUGGGACAAUUUUCACUCCUUCAUGAUCAAUUAAUUGAAUUUGUGAUAAUUUUUCUAAAACAUGAAAUAUUAUUCACUAACUAGAAAAUACAUGCAUGCACGCAGAAACCCUCGCCUUGCUGACAGCCAUUGUAUUUUCCGAACAUGAAGUAUCUAAAGUAGUUGUCAUGGUAACACGAUGAUUUUUUAAGAAUAUUCUUACAAAUGAAAAAUCGCCUAAAAAUAUCACUUUUAAUUACAAAAUUUCCCAACAUAUAUAUGGUAGGUAUGAUAUUCGGUAAUAUAAGCUUCAAUUUAAGGUAAAAUUCAACCACAAACGCUUCGUAAAAGGUUUUAAAGUGUUCUUUAUAUAACUAAACUGCCUUUAAUUAAAUGGCUGUAUCGAUAAACAUUGAGUUUGUAAUAGAAUGAUUUCAAAUUCUCGCAUGCAAAUAACUUUGCUUUCUAUUUUAUUUAAAAAAUUCAAUAUAAUAAAAAAGGGAAUCAAUAUUAAAGAUACACUGAAAUUAUAUGCUGUCUUGUUUAGUUGUUUCAUAUACGCAAAGCCAAAGGCAAAGGCCGUCGGGUUUUAAAGCAAUUAUAAAAUCAAUAUUUUAAACAAACUUACCUUCGUUAACGUCGGCUCCCUUCUCUUAGCCGAUUCUUUCGCCCUUUCUUUCUUGAAAUUUACAAAAUCUUGCGAGCAAAAAUGAAAUAUAUUUGCAAGAAAUUUAUCAAUCAUCAUAUCAAGAAAUGUUUGCUAUUUCGCUGUCGUCAUACAGUCUUUAUAAUGCAAGCUUUAAAUCGCUAUUCAUGGCAGUCCGCCACAUUUUUGAGAUCUGUGAGGAUGACCACCCACGCACAGUGAGUCACGCCCGCAAUCAUUGGUGAACUUUAGACUUCGCUAAUGCUUUCGUUUCCACGGGUGUAAAUAGCCGGGGAGAAUUAGUACCCUCGCACGGGGAAUAUAACUUUUUUCCUCGGAGAAAAGCUGAAAUUAUAUAUUUCCAGAAAUAUAUAAUUAAGUAUGUUCAUGAUGAGGGUACUAGCUGUACAUUAUAUUCAGAGUAUGCAUAGCUUAUCUACUCGUUCACAUGCGUGUGAAAGAAAUCGCAGCAAGAAUUGCAAGUGUAAUUGUAAACGGGCCUAUAGAUAUUGAACAUUUUUUUGUUGUUGUGAAUUAUUUGCGAACGAUAUUUCAAAUAACUUUUUGCUUUAAUGGAGGUAGCUUUAUGCCCCUUUGGAUAUACACAGUUGUAAAGCAGAGGAAUGUUUUGUAACGAUUUUCGUUUCUUUCAUUUGUAGCUGGUAUUGCAGCAAAUGUUCCUCAACUUGGAAAUGUAAUGUCAUUGGUUGGCUCGUUUGUGACAGCAACUGUUGGCUUUCUACUUCCUGCUGUGGCGCACACGUUACUUUUAUAUAACCAACUAUCAAGAUAUACUAUUGUUGCAAACAUUAUUUUCCUAUUCGCUGGGCUGCUCGUUCUUUUUUCCGGUGUAUAUACUUCAAUUGCACAAAUUGCUGGUGAUUACUAAUAUAUACGGGUAUAGUAUAAAGAAUGUAUCCGUCGGGAUAAAGCCCUAGUGUAUUCCAAAUAUACGAGGUAUUUUAUUGUGGUGACGGCGGUGUGGUGUGUUGGACUGGAAAUCCAAACACUUUCCUGGCAUCUGGAAGGGAAUUACGGAGAAAGAGUGGCCAGUGUUAAAAGUUUUGAUAUGGGAGUUCAAUAUCAACCAUAAAAGCGGCUCCAUUAUUUUAUUGGUGAUGUAUUUAUACCCAUGUUUCUCCAUAUAAUUACAGCUAGUGCCUGCAAGAAUUACCGUUAGAACACAUGGGGCUCAACUACUGUCAGUAACAAAUGUAAAAUAAUAAAAAUAAUGAACUUUUGCAUAAAUUCUUCGCAAGAACGUCAACAGAGAAAGAGAAAAAAAUAUUAUCUAUAUGAAGUACUAUAGAAUCCUCAACAGGUAAGUAAUGCGGCCGCGUAUAAGGUAAUAGUAUCUUUAGUAAUAUAUAAAUUAAUGUUAAUAAUAAUUAAUGUUUUUAUUUCUUGUAAUGGUAAGAAUAUUUUUAUUCGGUGAAAGAUGGAAUGUUCCAUUCAACUCGGCUGUCGCCUCGUUGAAUGGAACAUUCCAUCUUUCACCUCAUGAAAAUGUUCUUACCAUUGCACUUAUAAACAUUCAUUAUUUGUAUAUUGUAAAUCGGUUAAAGAUUUUUCCUGAUUUACAUAAACUUCAACUUUGAUUUUCUCGGCUUAGACAAUGUUUAUUUUUAAAAUUACUUCGCCAACGUUAAAACAUUCGUAUCCGAACUUUAUUAGCCUGCGUAGCAGUCGCUUUUCCUCAAAAUCUUCAAUAAAAUAAAGCGACUGCUACGCAGGCUAGAACUUUAUCUGAUAUACAAACUCUCGCCUUGUUUGUAUAUAAGAUAAAGAUCGGCUGCUCAUGUUUUAACUAUUACUUAAUUAUGCUACAUCACAGAGAAGAGAUAUACAGAGAGGAAUCACGUGGCAAAUUAUGUCACGCCGAUACAUUCAGUCUAUUAACUAUAGAAAAUUAUAUUAAUUCACUAUUUUAUUAAAUUUUGAUAAUGCAGAAGAAUAAAACUAUACAUAUUAUAGAAGUAUUUAUGUUUUUUAUGCAAGAGUUAUAUUUUGAGGCAUUUAUAUCAUUCGCUGCUUUGUUUUUUAUACGUGAGCAUCUGAAAAUCUCAGCCAGUGCUUUUCACGAUUUUAAUAAGGAGUAGAUAGGGGAAAAAACAAACUUUUGCAAAAUAAAAUGUUUGUUAUUAACACUUUUAAUAAAAGGAAAUCAAUAAAAGUGAUCGCUUACCGUUAUUCUAUAAUAAUUUAUUGAACAAAAUUUCCAUGGCUAUCUCAUUUUUAAAAAAAAAGCGUUUUUCACAUUUCGAACAGCGUUUUCCCUAUCUUUUUCUAUGAAAUUUCAGCGACGGCACUGGCUGGAAGAUUUUGCGUGGCGCGUGGAACGCGUGACCCAAAAAUUCAGGUUAUCGAGUGUCAGUUUCCUCUCUGUAUAUCUCUUCUCUGUGGCUAUAUUACCUCAUACGCGCCCGCAUUAGUUACCUGUUGAGGAUUCUGUAAUACUUCAUAUAGAUAAUAUUUUUUUAUCUAUUCAUAUAUUCAUGAAUUCAUCAAUGUUGUUGGGAAGAAUUUAUGCGAAUCUUUUAAAGUAAGUUUUCUAUUUUGAUUAUUUUACCCUUGUUACUGACAGUAGUUGAGCCCCCUAUGAUUAGAAUGAAGACCAAAUCUGAAAGCAAUAUCAUGGCAUUUCGACGAAAAAUAUGACGAAAGAACACUACAAAAAUGGUGAUUAUAUAUUCCAAGCACUGAACAACGUAACUAAACAUUAGAUGCAUACAGUUGAUAUUUAACAAAUAUAAAAAUUUUCCGUGUUGAUAUACAGUACUUAUAUUAUAUCGACACAAGUGGAAAUUGGGAAAACGAAAAAUUGUGUGGAAAAACCCCCAAAUAAAGUGGCAAUGUCUGGGGAGGAGGAGGGCUGUGAUAAAAAAGAUGAUGAGCAGUAAACUACGA